AUCCGUCGAGGCCAAAGCACAUAGCCCCUUUGCUAGUUUUAUGAAUGUUCUCGAUAAUUCAUUCACUAGUGUCGAUGGUGCGCUGUUGGACACCCAGUUGUCUGAUCAUCUGCAUGAAAAUAGUGAAGCGGAUAUUGAUAAUUAUGACAGACAGAUUUCGUUGGAAAUAUCUUCCAAUGAUGUUGAAAGUCCACUACUCGGUAAUGCACUGAAUUUAGGUAUCUUCAGCCGAAAGAAAGUUGAGUGCAUGACCGAAGUAAAAAGUAGUGUUUCUGUUGAUUCGGACCGCAGACCUCAGCUUGGGACUGAUUUUGAAAACCCAAUUAAUGUCGACGAACGUAACGACUCUUUUUUCUCUGACGAGGGUACCCUUAAAUCAAACAAGAAAAGGGUUAUCACACAAGAACAAGAUGAUGGUAGCGGAUUUAAUUCACCGGGUAAUAGCAAUAAGAGAAAAAGAUGGAAACCGAUAUUAGAGAAAAAAAAAGAAACUGAAGAGUUUGAAGAUUCUAUCACAAUGCAACUAAAUGAUUGCCACGACUUGCAAGCUCCUACAGAUACAAUUUGUGAUGAUGUAGAAGAUUCAACCUUGCUUAAUUGGGACGCACUGCAAGGAUCAGGAACAAAGUCCAGAGUCCUUGAUGGAGGCCCGUAUACAUCACUCUUCGCGACACCGAGUGAGAUAUAG